AUAUCCUGACAUCGAAGCGAUGGAGAUUGACUACUUGUGUGCAAACAUACGACAGGAAACUAUACGAAACGAGCUGCCGAAGUGGAUGGAAGCGCUGGCGGAAGGACAUCUGCACAAGAAUGCAGCAGACAUAUUUACCAAGCUGAAUUUGAACUUCCAUCCGGCGCCCAAAUCUGGGGGAUUGGAUCGGUCACGGUGACCAGAGGGGAGAGCCCUCAAUCAUCGCAUUCUCGACAGGACGCGGCAUCGUGCUCACCUCUAUGGGAGGCAUUGUGCUCUGCCAAGAUGGGGACCAUGGUGCUGCGGUAGAUUCCGCCCCCUUGUACUGCUUCGGAGAUGCCUGCCAGGUGACGUAAAGGCGCUUCGCGGACGCGUGUAUGUCCCACGAGUUGGCACGUUACAGAAGACUCAGAAGUAGUGGUCCUCGAGUGGCGACUAGUUCAGGAUUGAGAUAUCCGG